AUGGCCAUCCCCAACUUCGCCGAUAUCGCCAAGCAGGCUAACGACCUCAUCAACAAGGACUUCUACCACCAGUCCGCCUCGACCUUCGAGUUCAAGGGCAACACCCCCAACAACGUUGCCUUCAAGGUCACUGGAAAGUCCACUCACGACAAGGCUACCUCUGGUGCUUUGGAGGCCAAGUACACUGAUAAGCCUACUGGCCUCACCCUCACCCAGACCUGGAACACCGCCAACGCUCUCGAGUCCAAGGUCGAGGUCAAGGACGCCCUCGCCAAGGGCCUCAAGGCUGAGGGUCUCUUCGCCUUCUUCCCCGCCUCCCAGGCCAAGGGUGCCAAGUUCAACCUCCACUUCCAGCAGAACAACUUCCACGGCCGUGCCUUCUUCGACCUCCUCAAGGGUCCCACUGCCAACAUCGAUGCCGUUGUUGGUGACAAGGGCUUCCUUGCUGGUGCGUCUGCCGGCUAUGACGUGACCAAGGCCGCCAUCACCUCCUACGCUGCCGCUGUCGGCUACACCUGCCCCUCGUACAACCUCGCCGUCACUGCCACUGAUAACCUCAGCGUCUUCGGCGCCUCCUUCUACCAGAAGGUCAACAGCCAAGUUGAGGGUGGCUGCAAGGCCGUCUGGAACUCCAAGACCGGCAGCAACGUCGGUAUUGAGUUCGCCGGAAAGUACCGCAUUGACCCCGUCUCCUUCGCCAAGGUCAAGCUUAACGACCGUGGUAUUGUUGCUCUUGCCUACAACGUCCUCCUCCGCGAGGGUGUUACUCUCGGUCUUGGUGCCUCCGUUGAUACCCAGAAGCUCGACCAGGCCACCCACAAGGUCGGCGCCAGCUUCACCUUUGAGUCCUAA